AUGAAUCAGAUGGAAGCCUGGGAACCAGUCAAAAUUGAGAUGAUUACAGCCCAAUGUUCAGAUGAAUGUGCUGAAUCUGAUGGACCAAAACGCUGUGCACGACAUCAGAUGAUACCUUUGCGAUGGGUCUUUGACUAUAAAUUGGAUGAAAAAGGCUUUAUUAUCCGAUUUAAAGCCCGAUUAUGCGUCCGAGGCGACAUGCAACGAUUGGAUGAUCAAGACUCAAGCACAUCAACCCUUACAUCCCGUUCUUUCCGAUGUUUGAUGGCAAUCACUGCUGCGUUUGACCUGGAAACUUUUCAGAUGGAUGCUGUCAAUGCAUUCCUAAACAGCAAAUUGGACGAAAAGGUUUUUGUCCAAUACCCACCGAUGUUCGGACGAAAAGGUUACUGUUUACGUCUGAAAAGAGCUGUCUAUGGUCUGAGAAUUGCAGGGAAGAAGUGGGAAGAUGAUGUCAAGAAGAUGCUUUCCGCACUUGGCUUCAUCCCAUCUCCAGAGGAUCCUGCACUAUAUUCGGAUGAAAAGAUGGUUAUUCUUGUGUUUGUUGACGACUUUCUUGGCAUUUAUCCCAAGUCUGCUGCUCCACAUGCAGAAAAGAUGAGACGAAAGCUUAAAGAGGCUUUUGAGAUGAAAGACUGUGGAGAACUCACCCAAUUCAUCGGAAUUCGUGUGACACGUGAUCGACCUACCAGACGACUUUGGAUCGAUCAAACAUCUUACAUCGAACGAAUGGCUGCCCGAUAUGAUAUCCCGCAACCAAAACGACCCGCGUCGGCUCCGCUUCCGACAAACUUCAAACUUGAUAUUCUUCCAUCUGAUGUUGUUCGGUCUGAUAUCUCAUAUAUUAGACAAUAUCAGGGGAAGAAUGGAUCAACCCUUUUUCCGGGUGUUUGGACGAGACCAGAUAUUUCUUGGUCUAACCAAGCCCUUGCCCGUGUUCUGACGAAACCAACCGAACGUCACAUGACCGCUGUUGACCAUUUGAUCUCAUAUCUUGUUGCGACCAAAGAUCUUGCAAUUUGCUACGACGGACGAACCGAUCCAUCCCAACUUUUCAAGGUUUUCUCUGAUGCCAGCUUUGCCGAUAAUUCGGACCGAAAGAGCACAUCAGGAUAUCUUUUCACCCUGUACGGUGGCCCGUUUGAUUGGUCGGCCCGGAAGCAACGAACGGUCUCAACAUCAACUACCGAAGCUGAGCUUUUAGCCCUAGCUGCAGCAGGGAAACAACUUCUUUGGAUCAAACGUUUCUUCCGAUCAAUCACCUUUGAUCCGAUGGUUCAGAUGGAAAUCUUUUGCGACAACAAGCCUACAGUUGACUUGAUGAUCAGAUCAAAGUCUGUUUACACAACAAAAUUGCGUCAUGUUGACAUUCAUCGGCACUGGUUACGACAAGAAGUUCAGACCAAAGCACUUCGGAUCAAUUGGAUCCCUUCAUCUGAAAUGCUAGCUGAUGGUCUGACGAAACAAUUCCUCCCACAGAAACACAGAGAUUUCGUCCAAAGGUUGAACAUGGAGGUUCCGCCUAGUUCUCUGACAUCUAUCACGGUGUGA